CUGGAUGGUUUUAUAGACUGCUGUAUGUAAAUAAAAACGAUUCGUUUGAAUAGAAAAUGAAAUUAACUCUGUUGCUAGUUAGUUUAAAAUGCAUAAGGUGUAUGGAACGGAUUUGAACCAACUACACAUCAUUAAGAAAAUUCAACCAAAGACACCGACAUAGAAAUCAAGGCUACUAUUAUCUUAAGACACGAUGCGACAAUCUUUAACUUUGACAGUUUUCUUCAACUUUUUGAUACGUGUCUUAUUAGGAGAUGUCUUUAGAAUUGGGUACAUCCCCGCUUUCGAGCGUAUUGGCAAUUACGACCCGACUGAGGGCAGGAAGGUUUCUGGGGCGAUCACAUACGCAAUUGAACAAAUCAACAAUAGUUCAGAAAUCCUAGCAAACCAUACGCUGGAGUUUAUUUUUAAGGAUAAUUCUGCAGAUCCGCUUAUUAGUAUAGAUGCGUUGACGGAGCUAUGGCAGAAUGACACCAUAGCGUUUAUUGGGCCUGAGGACACUUGUAGAACUGAGGCUAGAAUAGCUGCUGCGUGGAACCUUCCUAUGAUCUCUUUCAAAUGCAACGAUGCAGAAGUGUCAAAGAAAUCGACAUAUCCGACCUUUGCAAGAACAGAUCCACCAAACUCUCGUUCUGCCAAAUCUAUUAUCGCCCUAAUGCAGCACUAUCAUUGGUCGAAAUUCACUCUUAUUGUCGGGAACGAUGUCCUGAUGGUGCAGACCGCCGAGACUUUGAUCUCAUUGGCCCAUAAGAAUAAUAUCACUAUCAACGAUGUUGUCAACUACACAGAACCAUACGUACCAUUUGUAAAUGAUGACCAAAUGCCAGAAAUCAUCCAGAAAACAUAUCUUAACACAAGAAUUUACGUCCUAAUAGGAAUCAAGACGGCCUUCUUAGACUUUGUGAGGAACUUUAACGAACGUGGACUAACUGAUACCAAGGAAUAUGCCAUUAUAGGUGUCGAUGAUCACCGAUAUAAUCCCAAGUUUACAGCUGGUAGCUUCAUAAGAGAUAUCGAAGAUGAAAACAUGAUUACCAAUAAGACAAUAAGUGCCUUUAGGAAUGUUUUGCAACUGACGGUCAGUCCACCGAGCAACCCUAACUACACCGAGUGGGAGGAUAUGGUGCGGUCAUACCUCUAUAAACCGCCGAUCAAUUUUGAUCCGCCAUCACCCCAACAGAUCAAGAUGGGACUUAAAAUAUUUAUCACUAUUUACGGAGCACAUCUUUAUGAUGCUAUUUUUCUAUACGCAAGGGCCCUUGAUGAACACUUGAAGGAAGGUGGUGGCCCAAGAGACGGACUGGCAAUCUGGAACCGCAUGGUGAACAGAUCAUACUUGAGCAUCCAGGGACAUCUUGUUCACAUGGACUCUAAUGGUGACGCAGAGGCGAACUACACAGUCCUUGGACUACAGCCUGAUAAUACAAUAUACCAAUAUGGAAUGCUUCCUGUUGGUUCAUUCUUACUGACUGGUGUUGGUAACGGCUUACCCAUCUAUCGUGAAAAGAUUGAUCUAUGGGAGGAUGAUGCUGAAAUACCAUUGGACGAGCCGCAGUGUGGAUUUGAUGGUGAAAAAUGUAAACCACUUCCAGAUUACACAGCUCAUAUUAUAGGCGGCGUCUUUGGCGGGAUCAUCUUCAUUGUCCUUAUUGUACUUCUUGUCUUGUACAGAAAUUGGAAGUAUGAACAAGAACUGGCAAGUCUUAUAUGGAAAAUCAACUUUAAGGAUAUCAGCAUGAAACACCAACAUUUCCUCUCUGCAGCUUCAAUAGCAGCCGAUAUGAACAAAAGUACUGCAAGCUUUGCUUCUGUUAACAAGGCUAAGAGCCUUCAGCAGAUCUUCACUAGGGUGGGUGUAUACAAGGGGUCCCUAGUCGCUGUUAAAUGGAUCUCAAAGAAACAUGUAGAGAUGACAAGAUCAGUUAAACUUGAACUUAAGCAGAUGCGUGAUUUGAGACACGAUAACAUCGUUUCGUUUAUCGGGGCUGUGGUUGACAGUCCAAACAUUUGUAUUGUCACGGAGUAUUGCUCCAAGGGUAGUCUACAGGACAUAGCAGAGAAUUACGAUAUCAAACUGGACAAUAUGUUUCUAGCGUCUCUUAUUGCUGAUAUUCUAAAGGGCAUGAUUUAUUUACAUGGUAGCGAUAUCAAAUCCCAUGGUAACCUGAAAUCAUCGAAUUGUUUAGUGGAUAGUAGAUGGGUGCUGAAAAUAACAGACUUUGGCCUGCAUGAGUUUAAAGGUGGUGAAAACAAACAACUGACACUUGGGGAGCACGCCCAAUACAGGGGCGGAUUUUUAAUGGAUUCAUCGUACGAUCAGCUAUGGACCGCACCAGAGUUGCUGAGAAUGAACAAACCACCGAAGAUGGGGACCGCAAAGGGAGAUGUCUAUUCAUUCGCUAUCAUACUCUAUGAGAUGUAUGGUCGUUCGGGACCUUACGGAAGCUGCAAUAUGGCACCAAAAGAGAUCAUUGAGAAAGUGAUUCACAGUCGAAGUUUCCGGCCGGAUGUCUCCGAGUUGGAAUGCAAAGAGAUAGUAAAAGAUGUCAUCGCAGACUGCUGGGAAGAGAAUCCUGAACUGAGACCAGAUUUCAAAACACUUAGAGAUCGCCUGAAACCAUUACAGAAGGGAAUGAAGUCCAAUAUUUUUGACAAUAUGAUAGCGAUCAUGGAAAAGUACGCCAACCACUUAGAGGAGCUUGUAGCUGAACGAACCAGUGAACUUGCUGAAGAAAAGAAGAAGACAGAAGCUCUGCUUCACCGAAUGCUACCACCGAGCGUUGCCAACCAGUUGAAGCGUGGAGAACCAGUGGAACCUCAAACAUUUGAUAAUGUUACCAUAUACUUUAGCGACAUUUGUGGUUUUACUGAACUGUCCUCCACAAGUAAGCCAUUAGAGGUAGUGGAUCUAUUGAACGAUCUCUAUACCCUAUUUGAUUCUAUCAUACGGAGCUACGAUGUCUAUAAGAUCGAGACGAUAGGGGAUGCUUACAUGGUGGUAUCCGGUCUCCCCGAGAAGAAUGGUAAACAUCACGCAGGGGAGAUCGCUUCAAUGUCAUUGCAUUUACUAUCGGCAAUCAAGAAGUUCAGAAUACGACACAGACCCGACGUGAUAUUAAGACUACGGAUUGGGAUUCAUUCCGGUUUUGUUGUGGCCGGGGUGGUAGGACUGACAAUGCCAAGGUACUGUUUAUUUGGAGACACUGUCAACACAGCUUCAAGAAUGGAAUCAAAUGGAGAACCUCUACGUAUCCAUGUAAGCAAAGAGUGUAAUGCUGUACUGGAGGAACUAGGAGGAUAUGAACUUGAGGAACGGGGACUUGUAAAGAUGAAGGGAAAAGGGGAGCAGUUGACAUAUUGGUUAAUCAAGGAAAACAAAGAAGUUCGUAAACGGCGAAUCACAAUCCAACAAGAAACCCAACCAAAGACGUUCCAGCAAGAACCAUUCCUAAUGCCUACAACCACUUUAAAAACAAAUGCUUCGUCUGCCUCAGUGGGUCAAAGUCAAAGAAGUCUAAACACAGUAAAUGAAAACAACAAAAGAAACAGUACAUCGAGCACUAAGAUUUACCCAAUGAAUGAGAAUGAACACAAGGAAGCAAAUGGUACAGUAAGUGAUCAUCAGCACAUACCAGAAGUGGUUAUAAGACAGCCCAACGAAUCCAGCAAUCAGGGAAAUGUUAUAAGUGACUCUAAAUUCAAAACAGAAGUUGUUGAAAACGACACUGAGAGUAGUAAAGAAACGAUUGCCAUGGAUUACACUCCAAGAGGUGCUAUGAAACGGGGAUCUUUGUCCCCACCGUGUGGACAAUAGGCCAAGGCACAAAGCCGUUGUCUCGUUUUGCUAGAGAUUACAAAACUAUUUCACGUAUUUUAUUUUUUGAUUAAUCAUGGGCUUUCAAUUAGUUGAAA